AUGGCCCGUGGCAACCAGCGCGACAAGGCUCGCGAGAAGAACCAAAAGGCCGAAGCCGCGAAGAAGUCGGGAAACCAGAUGUCGGGUACCGCGAUGCAGAAGAACAAGGAGGAUGUGGCCGCCAUCAUGCGCCAAAAGCAGGCAGCCGCGGAGGCGAAGAAGGCGGCUGAGCUGAAGAAGUAG